AUGUCAGUGGCGGAUCUACUGGUCAUUAUCCUCGACCUGAUAUUGAGACACAUUCCCAUUGUUUAUCGGGAACAGUUUUAUUUCCUGCCGUCCAUCCCCGUGUGUAAUAUCCACGCUGUCCUGCUUUAUGCAGCCACUGACUGGUCGGUCUGGUUCACUGUUACUUUCACCUUUGAUCGAUUUGUGGCCAUUUGUUGCCAGAAGCUGAAAAGUAAAUAUUGCAGUGAGAAAACAGCGGCUGUGGUUCUGGGAACGGUAACUGUGCUGAGCUGUUUAAAGAACAUUUUCUGGUAUUUUAUGCUCACUGCUCGUUAUUGGCUGUUGAAUGCCCCCUGGUUUUGUGCGGUAACACCCGAUGUUCAAAUGUCACGUGUCUGGGUCACAAUCGAGUUCCUCCACAACAUUCUAACCCCGGCUCUUCCAUUUCUCCUGAUUCUGUUGCUCAAUGUUUUCACCGUCAGACACAUUUUAGUGACCAGCAGGCCCCGCAGGAGACUCCGGGCUCACACCAAUGGGGAAGGUCAGUGUGACGCAGAAAUGCAAAAUCGAAAAAAAUCCAUUAUUUUACUGUUUGUGAUCUCGGCCAAUUUCAUCCUGUUAUGGUCGAUAUUAAUGGUGUAUUCUAUAUGGAACCAGAUGUGGAAUAUGGGGUCUCAGCUUGAGCGUGUACCUAACUUCAUGCGGGAAUUGGGCUUCAUGCUGCAACUCCUCAGUUGCUGCACAAACACAGCGAUUUAUGCCGUGACCCAGACUAAGUUCAGACAGCAGCUGAAGAAUGUGCUGAAAUAUCCC